AUGGCGCUCUCCUGCGGCUUACUCGCCGGCGCCCGGGCGGCAGCCUUCCCUUCCCUCCCCUCCUCCGCCGCUCUCCUCCGGCGCCGACGCUGCCCGCCAGCAGUUGCCGUGGGUCCACUCCCGCACGCCGAGCGAUGGCGCCGCGGCCUCCGCUUCUGCUGCGCUUCGUCCUCGUCAUCAUCGCCUCCGCUGCCGCCGGCGCCGCCCGAGGAGCCCGAAGACUACGAGCUACUGGACACAACAGGGAAUUGUGACCCGUUAUGCUCAGUUGAUGAAGUUAGCUCACAGUACUUAGGAGAAAACUACAAACCAAAAAAUGAUCUUCUGAAAGCUUUUACUAUCUUUGCAACAGCAUUGGCUGGGGCAGCUGCAAUAAAUCAUUCCUGGGUUGCUGCUAAUCAGGACGCUGCAAUGGUGUUGGUUUUUGCUAUUGGCUAUGCAGGUAUUAUUUUUGAAGAGUCACUUGCAUUUAACAAAAGUGGAGUUGCAUUAUUGAUGGCUGCCUGCCUAUGGGUUAUCAGAAGCAUUGGGGCUCCCUCGAUUGACAUAGCUGUUGAAGAGUUGAAUCAUACAACUACUGAAGUCAGUGAAAUAGUGUUUUUCUUGCUUGGUGCAAUGACCAUUGUAGAGAUUGUUGAUGCUCAUCAAGGUUUCAAGUUGGUGACUGAUAAUAUAUCUACUCGAAGCCCUAAAACUCUUGUGUGGGUGAUUGGUAUAGUAACUUUCUUCGUGAGUGCGAUCCUUGACAACUUGACAUCCACUAUUGUGAUGGUGUCGUUGCUUCGGAAACUAGUACCUCCAUCAGAAUACAGAAAAUUGUUAGGUGCUGUUGUUGUAAUAGCAGCGAAUGCUGGCGGUGCAUGGACACCAAUUGGUGAUGUGACAACCACUAUGUUGUGGAUUCAUGGUCAGCUUACAACAUUGAAAAUAAUGCAGGGCUUGUUUAUUCCCUCAGUUGUUUCAUUGGCAGUUCCACUGGCUCUGAUGUCCCUAACCAGUGAAGCGAAUGGAUCAUCUCAGAAAUCCUCCAGCCUGUCAUCAGAACAGAUGGCUCCUCGGGGACAACUUGUAUUGGCUGUCGGAGUUGGAGCUUUAGUGUUUGUCCCAGUCUUUAAAUCUCUCACCGGUCUGCCACCUUUCAUGGGUAUGCUGCUUGGUCUUGGGAUUCUCUGGAUCCUGACUGAUGCAAUACAUUAUGGAGACUCUGAAAGGCAGCGACUAAAAGUUCCACAGGCACUGUCACGGAUUGAUUCACAAGGAAUUUUGUUCUUCUUAGGUAUCCUUUUAUCGGUUGGCAGCUUGGAAUCUGCUGGGAUUUUGAGGCAAUUAGCAAAUUAUCUUGAUGCCAAUAUUCCAAAUGCUGAUCUUAUUGCUAGUGCAAUUGGUGUGGCAUCAGCACUUAUAGACAAUGUUCCACUUGUUGCUGCAACGAUGGGAAUGUAUGACCUGACUGCGUAUCCUCAAGAUUCGGACUUCUGGCAGCUUAUUGCAUUCUGUGCUGGUACUGGCGGUUCAAUGCUUAUCAUUGGCUCUGCAGCAGGAGUUGCUUUUAUGGGAAUGGAAAAAGUGGAUUUCUUUUGGUAUAUUCGCAAGGUGAGCGGGUUUGCCCUUGCAGGUUAUGCAGCGGGUAUAAUUUCGUAUCUAGUUGGUCAAAAUCUCAAUUUCUCCCUUCCCACAUCACUAGCUGAGAUCCCAUUUAUUCCUGGCUCAUAGAAGGUUGGUCUUGUACUCCUAGUAAAAGGCGUGAGCGGCACGCACGUGUCUAAAAAGAUAUUGUAACUAAUUGUGAAUAUCAAAGCUUAAAAAUACACUUCAUUGAUUUAAAUGAUAGAUGCGGAGAGACCGCAUGUAAUCCUUCAUUA